GUGUCAGAAGUGAUAUAUAGAUGAUGAGCGGCGCUGUAUCCGGGUCCUUCUUCCCGUCAGGAUUAGGCCGGUGACGUGAGUGCGGUCCAUGUCCUGCUGCUAGUGACGUCAUGGAGCAAGCCCUGCGGGAACUGGCAGCUCACCUAGGAGUGUGCUCUGAGGGCCCGGGGCCCCAUCGGGACGCCAACGACUGGGAUUUCCUGGAUAUCGAUAUGGAGGACAUCGAUCUGCGAUCCCUUCCCAGCGCCGUCAUCUGCUGCAACCUGGAGCCCAGCCUGUUCUAUGAUGGCCGCUGCAGGGCAAAGUUUGAGUCCCUGUUCAGGUCGUAUGACAAAGAGGCCACCUUCCAGUACUUCAAAAGCUUUAAGAGGGUGAGGAUCAACUUCAGUAACCCGCUGUUGGCGGCGGAGGCCAGGAUCCAGCUGCACAAGAUGGAGUUCCUGGGGAAGGAGAUCAAGCUGUACUUUGCUCAGACUUUACACAUAGGCAGUUCUCAUCUGGCGCCACCAAAACCUGAGAAGCAGUUUCUCAUCUCACCACCUUCAUCUCCUCCCGUGGGCUGGAAGCAAGCGGAAGAUGCCACCCCAGUUAUUAAUUACGAUCUCCUGUACGCCAUCUCCAAGCUUGGCCCAGGAGAGCAAUACGAAUUACAUGCAGCCACAGACACAACCCCCAGUGUGGUGGUCCACGUGUGCGAGAGCGAUCCCGAAAACGAGCUUGAGGUGGACGAGGAUGAGGAUGGCACGCAUAAAGACAAGCCGAAAAUCAUCCAGACCAGGAGGCCAGACUACAUGCCCAUCCAUCUAAGCUGAAGGAGGAGCUGCAGCAAGCUUUGAGAUUUAAAGUCUGUUCCUCUCCACAAAACUUUUAACGUAAAGUUGGUGGGAACGCCGCCUAGGACAGUGGCGAUAGUGGCUGUUUAUAUACCCGACUUAGCUGUCCUGGCGUGUUUCCGGCUUUGUUUUUGUAUAAGUCAGUCGCCGUGUUUUUAUUGGACGGUCCAAGGCUUCGGCGCGGGACGAAGCGAAGAUCAGAUACUGUUUUUGAAGCCGUGUAGCUAGUUUGCUUUACCAAUGGAUAAGGAAAUCGCAAAGGCUCCUUGCCUGGUGGGCCGAUGUGUGGAAGAUAUUAGUAUAUCGUCAACGUAACUCCACCAUAUGUACAUAGUCGCCGGUACAUCUUUCCACUACAACUUUCUGAUCUUAAGACGAAGUUGGGGAAAUGCAUACCUAUAUUUUUUCUUUUUUUAUCUUCAUAUUUUGCAUGUGCUUAUCGAUUGUUUCUAAAUUCGUUUUCAAACUUUGGAAAUUCUAAAACCUGGAAUCAUUGACCGUGUGAUUUUUGCAUCUGGAAACUUGACGUAUUUAACCAUGUGCUGAAUUUAAAGCCCCCAGAGAACCGAAGGGGAAGACUUUUAACUAUUGACUUCUUUUUUUCUUUUUCUUUUUGUCACUAAGAUUGUUCAUUGUGAUACUUAGGCAGUGUAAACUUUGCACUGAAAUAGCUUUUUAUGACAAAAUGUUAUGGUGUGUGUGCUGUGGGUGUGGUAAAUGUGGAAAUCGAGUGGGACAGUUGCAAACCUAAUGCUGGCCAAAAAGUUGGUGCUUCCUGUGCUGAAAAUAGGUAACUUUUGUUCUUGUUUCCUAUAGCAAAAAAUUACUGAACUGGAAAGCAGAAAAUAACGCAUAACACCCUCUAGGGAAAAUAAAGUACACAAAGCAGCAA